AUGGGGGCCCUCGAUGCCCUGAACCCUUUGAAGGUGGCGAAGCGCCGGUCGUCAAAUAAUUACUCCGCGCUACCCUUUCAUGAAUCGUCACGGGCGAGAGACUCGAUUGACUCGGAGAAACAAAACAUUAUUGAUCAUGACUAUGAAGUCUCGAGCGACGACUAUGAUUCUUCGUUGCCCAUCUCUCCCGUUACAAGUUCUUCCAGAGAAACUUCUGGGUCAUAUGACUCGACCCAACCGAUGAUAAGGAGGAGGACAAUCUUGCGGACACGCCAACGAUGUUUUGCAUAUCGAGUACCUCAGAGAAUCAUACGAUACCUGUGCUUCUUGGUUAUGCUGGGAGUGCUUGCAUUCAUAGGCUUCUUAAUCGCUAUGAGCAUUAUAGACUCAAAGAAGCUGGAGGAUAUGGGGAACCAACGACCGGAAGGAGCUAAACAAUGGGAGUCGUUUCCGUUCUCGGACCGAUAUUAUGGCGGCAUCAAGGCAUUGGUGUCACUGGCGAAGAACAAGCCCGAAUAUCCCAGGGACCCUGAGGAUGAGACGGAAUUGUUGAACAUCACAGAAGUUAUGUCGUCCAAUCUGGGCAUUCCUUCCAGCAAACCAUACAACCCGUAUCCGGACUACAACUCGAGCGCGUACCUGCAAGAGUACGUGCCAGUAAAGGAAUGCUUCCUUGACGCCAAGACCAGUGCCAGGAUCCCGCCUCUACGCUACUACGAGGGGAGGCCGGCUGGGUUUGCUGACCAUAUCAUGGGGUCAUAUGAUAUGAUGGGCUUGCCUGAUGAUAUCUGUUUUGACAGAUACGGCAGACUUGGCCCAUACGGUCACGGCUACUCGCUGCGAAAAGGCGGACUGGCAAGUGGUAUGCACGGCGAUAUGGAUGGGGCAGAUCAAGUCUGGAGUGAAUUUCCACAGUAUGAUUUCACAAAUGUUGACUGGGCCGAGGCACAACUACGGUGCUCUAUCUCCAACGUCAAACGCUUCAGAUCAGGCGCUGGCGGUGUCACCAAGAAAAACAGAAGGGGAGAGAUUGCUGCCAACGUUAUUGUUCCUGCCACCACCACAACUUCCGCGGAUUCUACUUCUGCUACGGCCACUCAGCCUCAUGGAAUUGGAGCAAAGCUCGUCCAUAGAACUGCAGUUGUCAUACGCACGUGGGACGAAUUUAUCUACCGCGAAGAAGACAUCCUGUGGCUCCGCGGUCUCAUUACUGAGCUGUCAUUGGGCUCUGGUGGCGAGUAUGAUAUCCACCUUCUCGUGCAAGUCAAGGAUGAAUCGAUCCCAGUCUUUGCGGAUGAAGAAACCUAUGAGAAACAUCUCAGAGAGCGCGUCCCUGCAGAGUUCCAAGGCAUCGCAACACUGUGGUCCGAGACCCAGAUGGUGAUGCUGUACAACGGCGUGGAAGAGACGAACUUCCGCAACCUGCCGAUUCAUGGCGUAUACCGUGGCCUAAUUCAAGCUCUCCAGUGGUUCGCCCAGAAACACCCCGAGUACGACUUCUUCUGGCAAUGGGAGAUGGAUGUGCGCUACACUGGGCAUUGGUACAACCUCUUUCAGAAGAUGGAUACCUGGACGAAGGCACAACCCCGCAAGUUCCUCUGGGAGCGCAACAGCCGCUUUUACAUCCCCGCCGUGCACGGCAGCUGGGAAGACUUCAGCCACAUGGUACGCGUGCAGACCGAGUCUGGCACCGACUCCCCCGGUAACAUCUGGUCCGGCCUAAACGAGGACGGCCAAUCCGUCAACAACGGCCCCAAAGGCGACAAACCCAUCUGGGGCCCCGAGCGCCCCCAGCACGCCGAGGACUGGUUCGAGACUGAAAACGACCCCGUUCCCCCCCGCCUCUUAAAAGACGACAAGUACGAAUGGGGCGUCGGCGAAGACGCCGACCUCAUCACCCUCAACCCCCUCUUCGACCCGGACUACACGACCUGGCUCCUCGCCGAGGACGUGACGGGGUACAACCGCACCAACGGCCCCCCCCCCGCCGCGCCUCCAUCGUCACCGCCAGCCGCCUCUCCCGCCGCCUCCUCAACACCAUGCAUCGCGAGACGGCGAUCAAGAAGCACCACGCCUUCCCAGAGAUGUGGCCCGCGCAGGUGGCGCUCAACCACGGCUACAAGGCCGUGUACGCGCCGCACCCGAUGUUUGUGGAUCGCGUGUGGCCGCUGCCGUACCUGGGAGCCACGAUGA